CCUCCUCCCCAAAUGGACUCCCUCCCCUCCUCAUUCCUCACCACCACCAUUCUCCUCUCCAUGUUUAUCUCCCUCUCCUCCGCCCACUCCCACCUCUGCCGCACCUCUUGCGGCGUCAUCCCCAUCCGCUACCCCUUCGGCAUCGACGACGGCUGCGGCAGCCCCUACUACCGCAGCAUGCUCCUCUGCACCAACUCCUCCCGCCUCAUCCUCCGCACCCCUUCCGGCAACUACCCGGUCGCCUCCGUCGACUACGCCGAUCCCCACCUCCUCGUCACCGACCCCUCCAUGUGGAGCUGCCCUUCCGACGACGACAACAACAACUUCUACUAUGACGACGACGAUGAGCGCGUCGCUUUCCGCCGCCCGGUCACUCCCUUCAGCCUCGACACCAGCACUCGCUUCUCUCUCUCCCCCAAGAACGACUACCUCUUCUUCAACUGCAGCGAGGACUCGGUCAUCAUCCAGCCGAAGCCGAGCUUCUGCGAGCGGUUCCCCGACCGCUGCGACUCGGCCUGCGACAGCGCCGGGUAUCUGUGUCGCAACUUGCCGGGGUGUCCGAAUGCUCUGGUGGAGACGAGGACCAGCUGCUGCUCUUACUAUCCCAAGGCUUCAGAGUCGUUGAGGCUGAUGCUGAGGCACUGUGCUUCUUAUACUAGCGUGUACUGGAGGACGGUGGGAGCGAGCUUUCCGCCGUAUGAUCAGGUGCCGGAGUAUGGGAUCCGGGUGGAUUUCGAGAUCCCGGUCACCACUCGGUGUCUCCAGUGCCGGGAGAGAGCGAGGGGUGGGGGAACGUGUGGGUUCGACACGGAGUCGCGGAGCUUUCUUUGUCUCUGUGAUGAAGGGAAUGUUACUACUUAUUGUUCCGAGGGUGGUUCUUCGAGGCAUAGAGCAUCGGCUGGGGUUAUUGCCGGAACUACUGUUUUUUCAAUUGGUGGGGCAGUGGGCGUUGGAGCCCUUGUGUGGUAUCUAAGAAAGAUGAGAAAAAAUAAAGUAGUGACGUGUGGGGUUCAGAGCAAUGAAAAUAGGCUCUUCUGAUCGGCUACUUCAUGAUUUCUUUUCCCCUUAAAGCUUGAUACCUUGCGUGAUAAAUGUAAUUAAGUGGUGCCCGGUCAUAAGCGUGUUUGCAUACUUGAAAGCAACGCAAGAUAUAUAAUUUUGGAAAAAGAGAUGUAUGAACACGUACGGUGUUCUUCUAAAAGAAAAGAAACAGUGUUUUUUUUCAUAUUUGAAUAAUAUUAUCAUAUGUAUUUAUUC